GGCUCGGCCCACAGUAUGACAGUCCCGGCCCACACCACGGGGAAUCCAGCAUGGGGACCUGGGCCAGGGCCCUGCUGGGGUCCACCCUGCUGAGCCUGCUGCUCGCAGCUGCCCCGGGAGCUCUGGGCUCCAACCCCGGCCUCAUCACCAGGAUCACGGACAAGGGCCUGGAGUACGCGGCCAGGGAGGGGCUGCUGGCUCUGCAGAGAAAGCUCCUUGGAGUCACGCUGCCGGAUUUCACCGGGGACUUCAGGAUCAAACAUUUCGGGCGUGCCCAGUACAAGUUCCACAGUCUGGAAAUCCCCAGAUUCGAGCUGCUCCGUGGCACCCUGAGGCCCCUCCCCGGCCAGGGCCUGAGUCUCGACAUCUCCGACGCCUACAUCCACGUGCGGGGCAGCUGGAAGGUGCGCAAGGCAUUCCUGAGACUGAAGAACUCCUUUGACCUGUACGUCAGGGGCCUCACCAUUUCUGUCCACCUCGUGUUGGGCAGCGAACCCUCCGGGAGGCCCACGGUCACCACCUCCAGCUGCAGCAGCGACAUCCAGAACGUGGAGUUGGACAUAGAGGGGGACCUGGAGGAGCUGCUGAGCCUCUUCCAAAGCCAGAUCGACACCAGGCUGCGCAAAGUCCUGGAGAGCAAGAUUUGCAGACAGAUCGAGGAAGCCGUGACGGCCCACCUGCAGCCUUAUCUGCAGACACUGCCAGUCACGGUGCAGAUCGACAGCUUUGCCAGCAUUGACUACAGCUUGAUGGAGGCCCCCCGGGCAACAGCCGGGAUGCUGGACGUGAUGUUUAAGGGUGAAAUUUUCCCUCUGGAUCACCGCACCCCAGUGGACUUCCUUGCUCCAGCCAUGAACCUCCCCGAGGCUCACAGCCGAAUGGUCUACUUUGCCAUCUCCGAUUACGUCUUCAACACCGCCAGCCUGGCUUACCACAAGUCAGGCUACUGGAACUUCUCCAUCACAGACGCCAUGGUUCCGGCUGACUCCAACAUCCGGCUGACCACCAAGUCCUUCCGUGCCUUUGUCCCCCGGCUGGCCAAGCUCUACCCCAACAUGAACUUGGAGCUCCAAGGGUCAGUGGCCUCGGCCCCACUCGUGAACCUCAGCCCCGAGAAUCUGUUCGCGACACCCCAGAUGGACAUUGAGGCCUUCGUGGUCCUGCCCAGCUCUGCCAGGGAGCCUGUCUUCCGGCUGGGUGUGGCCACUAAUGUGUCUGCCACACUGACCUUGAACACCAGCAAGAUCACUGGGUUCCUGAAGCCGGGAAGGCUACAGGUGGAACUGAAAGAAUCCAAAGUCGGAGGAUUCAAUGUGGAGCUGUUGGAAGCACUCCUCAACUACUAUAUUCUCAACAACCUCUAUCCCAAGGUCAAUGAGAAGUUGGCCCACGGCCUCCCGCUCCCUCUGCUGCGGCACAUUCAGCUCUACGACCUGCUGCUCCAGAUCCACGAGAACUUCCUGCUCGUGGGCGCCAACAUCCAGUACAGGAGAGUUUGACGGUAGGAGGAAGAUGGGGCGUGGAGGCCACAGCUGGACGUGCGGUGGCUUCUCCAGGUAUGCGGCCGAUCCUUGGAGAACCAGGAGGACGCAGGUGUUCUGUUCCCAGCUCCGGAGGUCGGCUCUGCCUGGCCUCUCCACCAACUCCUUCUCUUCUCCAGGGGCACCCAAGCCCUCCCUGCCUCGGGUCUGCUUCCCCUCCAGGGUGAGCCUCCUUAGGAGCCAGUGAUGGAUCCUUCAUUCUCCCUGUGAUCCCAGUGCCCGGAACAGUGUUGGCACCAAGCAGAGGCUCAGUAAACGCUGACUAAGGGAUCCUGUGAAGUCCCUCCUGCUGUUCCCGCUGAACCUCUUGACUGCCCACCCUCCUCUGACUGCAGGGGUCUUUGGUCAGCCCCACCUGUGGUCUCCAAGGCUGGACCUUGAACUCUGCUCUCAUCGGCCGCUGCUCCUGGGGCCUGGACAGGAGAGUGAGGGGCUCCCCACCCGGCAGGUCCGGACCUGGGGCUGAGGUCUCUCUCUAAGGGCCCUGUCCUGUCUCUUCUGUGCCCACAGCCUCCCUCACACCUUGCCUGCUGCAGAGAGGGGAGCCUGUGGGUGCCCCAGAGC